CGAGCGCUGGCAAGAGGAAGGAGGAAAGGCAGUCUCCCUCGCUCUCUUACAGUCACGCGCUUCCUCCUCGUCCUCGUUGCUGCAGGUGGAAGUGGAAAAAGCUCGAAACGCGACCAAUUUUGCGCCUGCCUCUCACGUCUUCGGCUCUAGAUCUCUGCGAUCUGCUCCACAACGGAUUGCGAUCCGAAGCGUGGUCAGGCGCAAGGCGUGGUGCCACUCGGACGAUUUUAGGGAGGUAGGGCUAAAGCACGAUGUACGGAUUUGAGGCUAUGACCUUUAAUGUGAACGGUGGCUUCUUAGAAGCCAUCGUUCGCGGUUACCGUGCCGGCUUGCUUACCGCCGCUGAUUACAACAAUCUCUGCCAGUGUGAGACCCUUGACGAUAUCAAAUUGCAUCUGUCUGCUACUGACUAUGGUCCCUACCUAGCUAAUGAACCAUCACCAUUACAUACCGCAACCAUUGUGGAAAAGUGCACUCAGAAGCUAGUGGAUGAGUACAACUUCAUGCUCACCCAAGUUUCAGAACCUCUGUCAACGUUUUUGGAGUACAUCACAUAUGGACAUAUGAUUGAUAACGUGGUGCUUAUAGUUACUGGAUGUCUGCAUGAGAGAGACGUCCACGAGCUGCUGGAGAAAUGUCAUCCUCUUGGAAUGUUUGACAGCAUCGCAACUCUUGCGGUGGCUCAGAAUAUGCGAGAAUUGUACAAACUUGUCCUUGUGGACACUCCUCUUGCUCCGUACUUUUCGGAAUGCAUUACUUCUGAAGAUUUAGAUGACAUGAACAUUGAGAUUAUGCGCAACACUCUCUACAAAGCUUACCUGGAGGACUUUUACAAGUUGUGUAAGGGUAUCGGAGGUGCGACUGCCGAAUUGAUGUGCGAUUUACUGAGCUUUGAGGCAGAUUGGAGGGCUGUGAAUAUCACUGUAAAUAGCAUCGGCACUGAAUUGACACGGGAUGAUAGAAGGAAGCUCUACUCGAACUUUGGGCUUCUGUAUCCCUAUGGUCAUGAGGAGCUUGCCGUUUGCGAAGAUUUUGACGCGGUGCGUGGAGCCGUAGAAAAAUAUCCACCAUAUCAAGCUAUCUUCGCAAAACUUUCUUUUGGUGAAAGUCAAAUGCUAGAUAAAGCCUUUUAUGAAGAGGAGGUUAAACGAUUGACUCUUGUCUUCGAACAGCAGUUUCAUUAUGCAGUUUUCUUCGCGUACAUGAAGUUGCGAGAACAGGAGACGAGGAACCUGAUGUGGAUAUCAGAGUGUGUUGCUCAAAACCAGAAAGCAAGGAUCCACGACGGAAUUGUCAUUAUAUUUUGAUUGUAUCGCAUUGGUCUUAUUGUAACAUAUUGUAUUGAUAGAUCUACUUUUGGUGAUGAUGUAGAAGAUGAGCUCAAUUUUACUAUUGAAGGGGAUUAUAUGGAAGUUUUCAUUAUUGCAUGACUGCAUAAACUUGAAAUGUUUUCAAAUGCACAUUUUUGUCUAUCUGUACGAAAUCGUUCAGUUAUCACUUUCAAUCUUAUUAUUUCUGUUAAGUUUUC